GACGAUGCAGACUUUCCUGCAGUCAUCCAGUCUCUCCUGGAUGUCCUCCAGUCUUCCCUGGACACCAACUGCCCUUUCACAGUAGUCACUAGAUGCCUCCAGGUUGAACAUAUGAAAAUACAGGCUGGUGGUCUACCUGCUGGGCAUUGCUGCCUGACGCACCUCCUCCAGUGUUCAGGGUAAGGCAAGGGGCUGAGGUAAGGUAUCGAGUGGAAUGGGUUGUCUUGCUGGACUAUGGCUUUUCCUGAUUAGCUGGUUGUUUUUUAUAAAUUGACUAUCCUUUUGAAAGACACAUCUUCAGUAGUGGACCUUGGGGUCAUCAAGUGUUUCGGCCAUUAUCACUAGACACUCUCCCGCUAGGAAGGUCCCACUGGGGCUGAUCAUGCCCCAGGGUGUGUCUUGUUAAGUAAUUACUAUUAGGUUUGUAACUAAAUUCCUAACUUGAUUUUAGCUAGAUUCCUAACUUAGGUUGAUGGCCUUUUUAUGGCUAGAGUUGAGUUUAUUAUUUAGUUAUGCCUAUUGUGUUUACUAUUGUGUGUAAAUUUACGUUGAAGUGAAUGGGUCAUUCUUUGUUUGGCCCCCAACUUACCUCUUUCCUCUUGAGCCACAGCCAAAAGCUGCCCUUCUCUGCCUCUUCUGCCAGUUCCCUAAUGGCUUUACUGCGCCCUGCUCCUGUGCAUCUCAUGCCGCGGAGCAGGCGUACAGUUGAGGACCCGACGAAGCCCCUGCAUCCUACUUCAAUGGGCCACAUGAUGGUUUUCCAGCCAGCCUCUCUGCAUUCUGCUGCCAAGUCUGCGUACUUUGCAUGUUUCCGCUCGUUGGCAGCCUCCAUGCCUUCCUCCCAUGGUACGGUAAGCUCCACCAUCAGAAUAGUCCUGCGUGGUUAUGAGUUUCUGUGAUCUCCCUGGGGAAUUGGAGCUGCCUCCCUAGGUCGACCCUUAUUGACCACUCGCUGCCUGGUGAGAGUACUGUUGGCAUUCUUUCUGGCCUUUGCAAACCGUAUCAGAGGUCUUGUUGAGGUGGAAGGUUUGUUGUUGACCUCCUGUCUGGAUGUCUCCGCCACCUCUGCCGGCUUUCUUAACACCAGGUCAUGAGUUAAUAUCUACCAGUUGAUGAUAAAUCUUAUUAAAAAAAAAAAAACACAGGAGAAACCAAACCAUUGCUUCCUCGGAACAGGAUCUUGUAGGAAUUUUCCAGUCUCUUGGCCAUGUAGUUCGCAUUAAGGCUGGCAACUUCUGUGGCGCAAACCUUUGGAUCCCAGACUUUAGGGAGUUGAUGUUUUCAAUAGGGAUGCACUGUUCAAGUACAGGUAAUCGUACCUGAUGUAAUCGUAUCUGAUGUAAUUGCACCGAUCCAGUGACCUGAUCCUCGGUCACAUCUCACCACAACCAGCUACGCUCUGGUCAGUCAGUGUUGUGUGUUUUCAUGCUAGAGUUCAAUGUAUCAUUGCCCUCAUGGGUAGUUUAUUUAAUUGGUCACCAAUGUCAAAGAUUUGUUCUUACAGUUUGUUCUGUGAGAUGGUGAAAAUGUCAGGCUGUAAGAUCUUCAGUAUUUUGCAACCUAUUAUUGCCUUCUUUCUCCUCCUCUUCAGCCCAUCACCUGGAAGGAAUUUGCCAACAUUCAUCCGUUUGUUCCUCUGGAUCAGGCUGAAGGUUACCAGAUUAUGUUUAGGCAGCUGGAAAAAGACCUGUGUGAGGUGACAGGCUACGACAAGAUCUCAUUUCAGCCCAACAGUGGAGCUCAGGGCGAGUACGCUGGUCUUGCUGCCAUUAAAGCAUAUCUAAAUUCCAGAGGAGAACGUGGCCGAAGCGUUUGUCUAAUUCCUAGAUCUGCUCAUGGCACAAACCCAGCUAGUGCCCAAAUGGCAGGAAUGAAGGUCCAGGCGGUGGAAGUGGACAAAGAUGGAAACAUCGACCUGGCUCAUCUCAAAGCACUGGUGGACAAACACAAGGCCAGUCUGGCUGCCAUGAUGAUCACUUACCCUUCCACCUUUGGUGUGUUUGAGGAACAAAUCAGAGACGUUUGUGAUCUAAUUCACCAGAACGGAGGUCAGGUUUACCUGGAUGGAGCAAACAUGAACGCUCAGGUGGGUUUGUGUCGUCCUGGAGACUAUGGCUCUGAUGUUUCUCACCUGAACCUGCACAAAACCUUUUGCAUCCCUCACGGGGGAGGAGGACCAGGCAUGGGCCCCAUUGGAGUGAAGUCCCACCUUGCCCCCUUCCUCCCCAGCCACCCAGUUGUGGCCAUGGCAUCUGUCAACUCCUCCAGCUCACUGGGAACAAUCAGUGCUGCCCCAUGGGGAUCGAGUGCCAUCCUUCCCAUCUCAUGGGCUUAUAUCAAGAUGAUGGGAUCCAAAGGUUUGAGACAUGCCACAGAAGUUGCCAUCCUUAAUGCGAACUACAUGGCCAAGAGACUGGAAAAUUCCUACAAGAUCCUGUUCCGAGGAAGCAAUGGUUUUGUGGCUCAUGAGUUCAUUCUGGAUGUGAGACCAUUUAAAAAGACAGCAAACAUUGAGGCUGUGGAUGUUGCCAAGAGGCUGCAGGAUUAUGGUUUUCAUGCUCCCACUAUGUCGUGGCCUGUGGCUGGAACAUUGAUGAUCGAGCCCACAGAGUCAGAGGACAAAGCAGAGCUUGACCGCUUCUGUGAUGCCCUGCUGGGUAUUAGACAGGAGAUUGCAGACAUUGAGGAGGGGCGAAUGGACACUCGCAUUAAUCCUCUUAAGAUGGCACCUCACUCCCUGGCCUGCAUCUCUUCAUCAAACUGGGAUAGACCAUACUCCAGAGAGUUUGCUGCCUUCCCUCUGCCUUUUAUCAGACCAGAAACCAAAUUCUGGCCAAGCAUCUCCAGGAUUGAUGACAUCUAUGGUGACCAGAAUCUGAUGUGCACCUGCCCACCCAUGGAGGCGUACGACUCUCCUUAUGAGGAAAAAAGGGCAUCAUCGUGAAUGCUCUAUUGUGUAAUUAUCUCGUGAACUGUUAAAGUUUGUGAGAGCUAAUGGGCUCCUUAUCAUUAACCUGCUUCAUUCUUAAGAUUUUCAAGGUCACUGAUUGUACUCUGACCAGGAAAGGACCAAUGGUGGCACUAUUGUGCAACACACCUAAAAGCUGGUGUUCAUUUGAUUGGCUUUUGAAAAGACAACAUAUGCUGCAUCUGUUGUUAAAUAUCUGCCUUUACUUUCUGAUUACUUAAUUUUUUUGGUUUGCAUUGAUUGAUCUACAUAAAGAGAAUCCUGUGUGGCCAUUUGAAGGAAAAAAAAAUACAAAUUUUAAAAUAAAUGAUCUAAUCCAAAAUAUGUUUGUGUUUGGGAGAGGAAUGGCAGGCAGUAAACCUUUGUCUUAAUGUGUUUGUGUGAGAGAACGCAGGUGAAAAAGUUCUCUUUUUAAGCAACACUGCCACCAAGUGGUGAAUAAAAUGUUUUUCCUAUUUUA